GUACCCUCUUGGCAGAAUUGCGAGAAUAUAACUUGGAGCAGCAGCGCCGGGCCCAAUGUGAGUCCCUUUCACCUGAUGGGCUACCUGAGGAGCAACCUCAAACCACCAAAUUGAAAGGCAAGAUGCAAAGCAGGUUUGACAUAGCUGAGAACGUAGUGAUUGUAGCCUCGCAGAAGCGCCCUCUGGGUGGCCGGGAGCUGCAGCUACCCUCAAUGUCCAUGCUGACCUCUAAGACCUCCACGCAGAAGUUUUUCUUGAGGGUGCUGCAGGUUAUCAUUCAGCUGCGGGAUGACACACGCCGUGCCAACAAAAAGGCAAAACAGACAGGCAGGCUAGGUACUUCCGGUCUGGGCUCAGUUAGCAGCAUCCAGGCCGCUGUUCGGCAGCUGGAGGCUGAGGCUGACGCCAUUAUACAAAUGGUACGUGAGGGUCAGAGGGCCCGGAGGCAGCAGCAAGCAACAACGGUUAGCAUGGUGCCUGUGGCGCUUGUAGGCCACUCAUUUUGUUUAUUUGAAUUACCCUUUUUUCAUUCUUUUACAUUUCCUUUUCCAUCUCUUCUCUUUUUAUACCUUGUCAUCAGAGCCUCUUUGUGUGGUGGUGGUGGUGGGAUGAUUUCAGCUCCUGAUUGCUUUUGGCUCUUAUUGUAUGUACUCAUGUAUAAGUGUACCUCGAACAUAUGUCGAAAGUAGGUUUGGGGUCCAGAGUUAUGGAUUUGGAUAAGUCAACAAUCACACCAUGGAGAGAGGAAAGUGCUAAAAUAAUUUCAGGAGACGAACUGCCAUGGCCGUCACCGUUUUCCUGUUCAGGCACUCAAAAAGGCCUUUUGACACUCAAGAGAAUUUUUUUUAGUAAAACUUAAAAUACAAUCUUAACUUACCAAAAAACUAACCACCCCCUUCUCUGCAUAGAGUGGCAAAAGGCAAGAGUUUAGUCUAUCCCGGGAGAACCUAAAAGAAGGAUCAACUUCUCUACUCUUGGUGCUUCUUUUGAAGGGGAAGCACCAAAAGGCUACAGCAGCCUCCAUUUUCCCAUUCAGGCAGUGUUGGUGUCUCCCCCACAGACCUCAUCCCAUACAACAGGGGUCCUCAAACUAAGGCCCAGGGGCCGGAUGCGGC